AUGCGUUCCACCACCGGUCUGGCUUAUGCCCUUGCCGCGCUCUCGAGCACCGGGCUCGUAGCCGCCCAGACAUUUUCCGAGUGCGACCCCACGAAAGGAGACAAGUGCGCGCCCAACCCGGCGUUUGGAAACUGCCGGAAGCCCACCAACUUUGACUUCGCCACGGUAUCUGGCGGUUCGGGCUGGAAGAAGGACAAGACGUUCCUCGACUUCUGGAAGCCCGAGCAGGGCAUCCUCGGCAACGACUCGCCGCUGUCCAUUGACAAGAACGGCGCGGUCCUCAGCAUCACCAACAAGGAUCAAGCGCCGCUGGUCAAGACCAACAAGUACCUCUUCUACGGCAAGGUCGAUGUUGUCCUCAAGGCUGCGCCCGGCGUGGGCAUCGUCACCUCGGUUGUGCUUGAGUCGUCUGAUCGUGACGAAAUUGACUGGGAAUGGAUCGGCGGCGAGCAGACCAACGUGCAGACCAACUUCUUUUCCAAGGGUGUGAACGAGUACAUCCACGGCCAGACCCACGGCAUCGCCUUCAACGCCAUGGAGGGCCUGCACACGUACACGAUCGACUGGACUCCCGACUACAUCAGCUUCCAGGUCGACGGCGCUGAGAUCCGCCGGGCCACGCCGGCCGAGGCGGACAACGGCGCCAAGUGGCCGCAGACGCCCGCGCAGCUCAAGCUAGGUACUUGGGUCGGCGGCAAGUCGGACAACCCCAGGGCACCAUUGACUGGGCGGGCGGCCUCGCCGACUUCGCCCAGGCCCCCUUCAUCGCCUGGUACAAGCAGGUCACCAUCACCGACUACUGCGGCGGCAAGGACAAGGCCGUCGAGUACGUCUACUCCGACGCCAGCGGCUCACGACAGCAUCGAGGUCGUGGGCAGCUCCGGCGAGGGCGGUUUCGGUGGCGACUCCAAGACCACCACUACGUCCACCACUGCUAAGCCCACCGCCUCCAAGACGAGCUCGUCCUCUGGCACCGAGACGACUGGCGGCUCAUCCCCCACGGACGGCGCCGGCGACGACAGCGGCGAUGAUAGCGGCAACGAUGAUGGCGCCGACAACGCGACCGUCGACGAAGGCAGUGCUGCGACCACUGUCCGCGUCUCUUCGAGCUUCGCUGCUGUAGCGGCCCUUGGUCUCUUGCUCCUUGCUUAA